ACGGACUGUCCCGAGGUAAGGGUCGGGUCCGGACCGAACCGACUGUCCCGGGAGGUGGCGUGUCGGAUCGGGUCGAGCCCGGCCGGGGAGGUGCCCGCCCAUACUCCCUCCUCGGGCCGGCCCGUGGGUGCCUUUAAGGUGCGGGCGGGCGAGAGAGAGAGAGAAAGAGAGAGAGAGAGAGAGGGGGUCGGUGGGCGGUGCUGAAGGUCCCGGCUGACGGGCCGGCCCUGCUGAGGAGCGAGAGCAGGCCGCGGCGGGCGGGGAUCGGCCCGGGAAGCGGGGCCCGGAGUCCGGCGGCGGUGGGCGGUGCCGCGGGGGCAUGAAGAGUGCAGGAUGGGAAGCGAACAGCGGCAAGGAGUGCGGCAGCGACGACGCUGGAAAUUGGAAAUAAAACUGGAAAAUGUUGGAAACACUCAGCAGGUCAAACAGCAUCUGUGGAAAGAGGCAAAGGCAGCUCAAGCAUUUCAUCUGACAUAAGUUCAAGUACAGAUCACACGCUGACCAAAGCCACAAGGAAUGCAGCUGCCAGCGAAGGAAGAAAGUGGAGGCUUCAGAGAGGGUGCAGGAGCGGUCCACCAACAUGUUUCCUGGAUUGGAGAGUUUAGCUAUAAGGAUCGGCAGAGUCAGUUUGCAGAGAAAGAUUCAGACUUGAGUAUGCGGACGCUGAGUACACCCAGCCCUGCGCUGAUCUGCCCUCCGACCACACAAUCUUUUCAGAAUGGCCAAGGAUCCUCCACCUCAUCUUCUUCUGUCACAGGGGAGACCACUGCUAUGAUCCACUCCCAACCCGUUUUGCUCAUCCCUCAGUGUGUCAUCAGGCCAGCAUCAAGGCAGCAGAAAGAACAGUCUCCCAUUGACAACCUACCCGAUCAAACCCUGAUUGAGAUGUUUUCACACCUUCCUACCAACCAGCUGUGCCGUUGCACAAGGGUCUGCCGCCGUUGGUACAACCUGUGCUGGGACCCACGUCUAUGGAGGACUAUUCGUCUGACAGAUGAAACAGUAAAUGUGGACAGAGCUCUGCGUGUGCUCACCCGAAGGUUGUGCCAGGAUACACCUAAUGUCUGUCUUAUGUUGGAAAAGGUCAUCCUUCAAAGCUGCAGGCGGCUUACUGACAGGGGCCUCUACACCAUCGCUCAGUGUUGUCCAGAACUGCGGCAGUUGGAAGUACCUGGCUGCUACAACAUCUCUAAUGAAGCACUCUAUGACGUUGUCUCCCGGUGUCCCAACUUGGAGUAUCUGGAUGUUUCAGGUUGUUCCAAGAUAACCUGCAUCAGCCUGACAAGGGAAGCUUCCAUUAAACUCUCUCCACUUCAUGGAAAACAAAUCUCCAUCCGCUACCUGAACAUGACAGAUUGCUUUCUACUUGAAGAUGAGGGACUGCACACGAUAGCAGCUCACUGCACACAGCUAACACACCUCUACCUGCGAAGGUGUGUCCGUGUCACAGACGAGGGCCUUCACUUCCUGAUGCUUUAUUGCACGUCAAUCAAGGAGCUGAGUGUUAGCGACUGCCGAGCUGUGACUGAUUUUGGGAUGAGAGAGGUGGCCAAGUUGGAAGCACAUCUGAAGUAUCUGAGCAUUGCUCACUGCGUCCGGAUUACAGAUGUAGGCAUCCGCUACAUUGCCAAGUACUGCAGCAAACUGCGCUAUCUAAAUGCUCGAGGUUGUGAUGGGCUCACUGAUCACGGGAUUGAGUACCUUGCCAAGAAUUGCACAAAACUCAAGUCCCUGGAUAUUGGGAAGUGUCUGUUGGUUUCUGAUGCAGGCAUGGAGUUCUUAGCAUUGAACUGCUAUAACCUGAAGCGGCUCAGUCUUAAGUCAUGUGAGAGCAUCACUGGUCGUGGUUUAAAGAUUGUUGCCGCCAACUGCUUUGAGCUGCAGGUGUUGAAUGUACAGGACUGUGACAUCUCUGUUGAGGCACUGCAGUUUGUCAAGCGCCAUUGCAAGAGGUGUAUUAUAGAGCACACCAAUCCAGCAUUCUUCUGAUAGGAUAACAUUAAGACAGCACAGACCAUAGAUCGUAAAGCCUGAAAGCCUGAAAUAUUAUUUGCUCUUUUUUUCUCAAUUCAAAUAUUUAGUUCAUUUCCACACUGUACAAUGUAUGAUGACUUAAAGUCAUAGUAAUGAAAUUCAUUGUUUUUUUUAUACUAUAAUGCAUUUGUACAUCUUUGCUUGUCAAACCCCAAUAGAAAUCAAUAUCCAGAGACACAAAUGCAAAUUUCUGGAAGAAUUUAUCAAAUUUUUCCUUUGUUCUUAAAUUCCUCACUGGAAAAUUAUCAGAAUACUGUUUGCCUUGGGUUUUCAAAUUUCUUAAGCUAGAGCACUAUGUUUUUAGGUGACAUCCUAAACACAUAAACUGUGGGCAGCACAGUGGCGCAGCUAAUAGAGCUGAUGCCUCACAGGUUUAAUCCUGACUUCGGGUGCUGUCAGUCUGGAGUUUACAUGUUCUCCUUGUGACCGCAUGGGUUUCCUCUGCGUGCUCCGGUUUCCUCCUACAUCCCAAAGAUGUGCAGGUUGGUAAAUUGUUACAGCAGGUCAGCUGCUGUAAAUUGCCCCUAAUGUGUAGGUGAGUGGUUGAAUCUGGGAAAGUUAUUGAGAAUAUGGAGAGAGUAAAAAAUGGGAUUAGUGUAGGAUUAGUGUAAAUGGGUGGUUGACAGUCGGCACUAACUUGGUGGGUCAUAGGGCCUGUUUCAGUGCUGUAUCUCUCCAUGAUUCUAUAACUCUAUAAUAUCAGACCUCAUAAAAAAGGUGUUACUAUAUUUGUUACAACAAAGAUGCUUCUGAAUAACUUUGCACUUUUGACUUUUUAUUUUGUAAAUUACAAGAUUUAUUAAUUACCAUUAUGUCCUCAUCAAUGCAUUAAGAUACUAUCAAAAGAGGUAGUAGUUUAUUUGAUAGUAGUUUGUUUUCAUGGAUAUGUUGAGUCUUCAUGUUCCUUUGGGAGACAAGAGUGCUCCAUGGAGUUUAGAAAGCAAGCACAGCACCUGACUCUCCCGCCAGCAGAAUCACAAUAUGUCCAUGCAUAUAGAGGUGCUUCUACUUUCUAAAACAAAUUAUAGUUUGCCUCCACGCUUUUUACACUCUCAACAUUCACGUACAAGUCAUCAAUAUGCACAUUACACAUAAUUAUAACUGGCUUUCUUUUUUAAAUGAGUAACAGAGAUAAAUCUAGUCCAGUAACUGUUUUUAAGAGUCUUCCUGAUCUCUGUGUUUAUACAUUUUGAUGAUUUAUCAACUUUUGGACUGUUUUAUUUGGAUCUGAACUGGACACUAGUUCUGCCUUUUGUGUCAGACUUCCUUGGAUUGGGUACCUUACUUCCUGAAGUCUACACUGGACCCAACUCUGACACAAACCCUUGAUGGAGUCGUUUACCAUCCAGACUUUGAUCAGACCUAGGAAAGGAUCAUUGGAUUGACAUGAACACUUUGGAUUUUGUUACCAAAUUCAAGCAAGUUUUUUUCUUCUUCUGCGUUGUGUUCUAGCUGUGUGAGUUUAAGAAUACAAAUUCAAUUGUUUUGCUUGAAGCAGCAUUCUUUCUGGUUAGCGUCAUGGUGAUAUUAUUGAUGUAACUGCUUCCUUUUAACUCUAGAACCAAUUGUUUUUUUGAAGAAGUCAUGUUCUCAAUCUUCUCUUCUGCGGGUGUAUACCUGUGGUAAAAUAUGGUUAUUCUGUACUUCAGCAAGAAAUUGGCUGUGAGGUUUUGUACUGAAAGGGGAAAGGUUCAGGGGGAACUUUAGGGGGAACUUCUUCACUCAGAGAGUGGUGGGAGUGUGGAACGAGCUGCCAUCUGACGUCGUAAAUGCGGGUUCACUCUUAAAACUUUCUGAAGUCCACUGUUAGUUCCUUGGUCUUACUGACAAGCUUUGUGAGGUUGUUGUUGCAACCAUAGAACUGUAGAACACUACAGCACGGAAAACAGGCCAUUCGGCCCUUCUAGUCUGUGCCGAAACUUUAUUCCGCUAGUCCCAUUGACCUGCACCCAGUCCAUAACACUCCAGACCUCUCCCAUCCAUGUAUCUGUCCAAUUUAUUCUUAAAACGUAAGAGUGAGCCUGCAUUUACCACAUCAGAUGGCAGCUCGUUCCACACUCCCACCACUCUCUGUGAAGAAGUUCCCCCUAAAUCUUUCCCCUUUCACCCUAAAGCCAUGUCCUCUCGUACUUAUCUCUCCUAAUCUAGGUGGAAGGAGUCUACUCGCAUUUACUGUCUAUACCCCUCAUAAUUUUGUAAACCACUAUCAAAUCUCCCCUCAUUCUUCUGCACUCCAAGAAAUAAAGUCCUAACCUGUUCAAUCUUUCCCUGUAACUCAACUCUUGAAGACCUGGCAACAUUCUAGUAAAUCUUCGCUGCACUCUUUCAAUCUUACUGAUAUCCUUCCUAUAGUUAGGUGACCAGAACUGCACACAAUACUCCAAAUUUGGCCUCGCCAAUGUUUUAUACAGCCUCACCAUAACAUUCCAACUCCUAUACUCAAUACUUUGAUUUAUGAAUGCCAGGAUGCCAAAAGCCUUCUUUAUAACCCUGUCUACCUGUGACACCACUUUCAGGAAAUUAUGUAUCUGAACUCCCAGAUCCCUUUGCUCCUCCGCACUCCUCAGUGCCCUACCAUUUAUUGUGUAUGUCCUACCUUGAUUUGUCCUUUCAAAAUGCAACACCUCACACUUGUCUGCAUUAAAUUCCAUCUGCCAUUUUCUGGCCCAUUUUUCCAGUUGGUCCAAUCCCUCUGCAAGCUUUGAAAGUCUUCCUCGCUGUCCACAACGCCACCAAUCUUAGUGUCAUCAGCAAACUUGCUGACCCAAUUUACCACAUUAUCAUCUCAAUCAUUGAUAUAGACAACAAACAACAAUGGACCCAGCACAGAUCCCUGAGGCACACCACUAGUCACAGGCCUCCAGUCUGAGAAACAAUCAUCCACUACCACUCUCUGUCUUCUCCCACACAGCCAAUUUCGAAUCCAGUUUACAACCUCUCCAUGAAUACCUAGUGUCUGAACCUUCUGAACUAACCUCCCAUGUGGGAUCUUGUCAAAGGCCUUACUAAAAUCCAUGUAGACAGCAUCCACAGCCUUUCCUUCAUCUACUUUCUUGGUAACCUCCUCGAAGAACUCUACAAGAUUCAUUAAACACGAUCUACCACGCGCAAAGCCAUGCUGACUAUCCUUAAUCAGCCCUUGGCUGUCCAAAUACUUGUACACCAGAUCUCUCAGAACACCUUCCAAUAAUUUACCUACUACUGAUGUCAGGCUCACUGGCCUAUAAUUACCUGGUUUACUUUUAGAGCCUUAUUUAAACAAUGGAACAACAUGAGCUAUCCUCCAGUCCUCCAGCACCGCACCUGUGGCUAAGGACAUUUUAAAUAUAUCUGCCAGGACCCCUGCAAUUUCUACCCUAGUCUCUCUCAAGGUCCAAGGAAAUAUCAUAUCAGGCCCAGGGGAUUUAUCUAACUUUAUUCACUGUAAGGCAGCAAGCACCUCCUCCUCUUUAAUCUCUAUAUGUUCUAUGACACUACUGCUUGUUUCUCUUCCUUCCAUAUCCACUAUGCUAGUUUCCUCCAGCAUGGACUGCUGGUGCCGAAGGGCCUGUAUCCGUGCUGUAUUGCUCGAUGACUCUAUUGGGUGCAGCUACCAAUCAUUGCAGCAAGCUCCAACAACAAAUCAAAGUAAUGGUUGAGACAUCUCAACUAAAUGUGAAGCACAUUUUCACACUGAUGCAUCAAAUGUGUACAUUGCUAGAGUUUUUAAGUAUCAUUGGCACAGCCACUUUGGUUUGUCCCACAUUAAGCAUUGCAACAAUCCUGUCCAUCUCCACAUGUCCUUAUCCACCCAGAAUGGGCUUAUGUUAGAUGUUAAAUAUCCUGUUCCCAAAAGAGGGUACUUUUGUUGCAGCUUUAUGAAGAUGUUAGUCAUUGAUGAAGCACUGUGGCUUUGAGUUGGGGCCCAAGCUGCAUCUUGUUUCUAGGUUUAACAGUUUUGUUAGCUUUAGUAACGAUGAACAUGUCACUUUAAAUGUUAAACUAUAAAACUGCAGGCAGCAGGACAAUUGCUUGUCUUGUGUUUAUUCUCAUCUCCAGAGAUAAUUAGCCACUUGGAUUUGGUCCACACUCUUCAUCCAUCUGUCCAACUCAGCUUGCCCUUUUCCACCACAAACUAUUGUUACUGUGGUGGGUUUGGAGAUCCACUGUGGCUUUGACUCAGGACCCAAGCUUCCAGCUUUAUUUCUUGGUUUUCGUCUUUGACAUUUCUUAGUGUUCACUUAGACAUCACUUAAACCUUACUGGUUUAAUAUGUAGCUGGUCGGAUUUCAUAUUUUGUUGGGUGAUUAAGUUAAUAGAACAGUGAGUUUAAGCUUCCAGAUCAAUGCAAUAUUGCUUACACAUCUUCUAAUUACAAAUUGAUUCAUCUGAGAGAAACUAGUUUGUUCACAGAGAAUAGCUUUUCUGGUGAUGCUAGUAUUUCACUUGUUCCUUGCCAAAGGAUGAAGUGUGUUUCAUGUCACAUUUCCAAUAA